AUGGCGGAGGACGAGGAGCCGCCUGCGGCCGCGGAGGAGCCGGGCGCGGAGGAGGGCGCCGCCGAGGAGGCCGAGGAGGCCGUGCCCGAGGAGGAGGACCAGGAGGAGGAGGAGGAGGAGGAGCAGGGCAUCGACGAGGCCCCGGUGGAGGCUGCCGCGGGCGGCGGCGCGCCCGGGGGCGAGGCCGAGGACGGCGGCGACGGGGUGGAGGCCGAGGCCGAAGACGGCGGCGCACCUGGGGACGAGGCCGACGAUGGGGUGGAGGUGCAGGAGCACCUCAGGGACUCGGUCGAGGGUUCCCUGCGGCUCAAGCGGCUGCUCAGCCGCGACGAGGACGCUGGUGGCGGCAAGAGGCUGAAGCUCGGCAACGACGACGACGACGAGCAGCGCCCCAUUGUGCAGGCGAAGAUCCGGCAGCUCAUGACCAGGUGGGGUGCCCUCCAGGACACCACGAUGAAGCACGUGCUGGAGAACCUCUCCCUCGAGGAGCUCUCGCACCUGCUCUCCAGCGGCUUCGUCCCGAACAUGAUGGACGCCCGCAAGAGCCCCGCGGAGCUCACGGCCACGCACUGCAAGAAGCUGGCCGAGCAGAAGCUGGGUGUGGGCACGCAGGUGGACGUCGUCGCGGCGUUCAGGGCCAGGUGGAAGCUCGACGCCCCCUCCGAGAAGACGCUCCGCGAGCUAAGCCAUAAGGACCUCAGAUUUGUUUUCGACCACUACGACUCGCUGACGCCCCUGGACGACGUCAUAGCCAAGGCCGUGGACGAGCUCCCCGAGGACGACACCACCAUCGGGGCGAUGCCAGAUGGGCCCGGCGUGAAGACGGUGGGCAGGUUCAACAGGCUCGAGCUCAUCGACCCUCUCGCGGACUCUGCUGUCUUCGGGGACGCCAACUUGACUUUCUCGGUGAACUUGGCCAUUCACCGCAAGGACCUGGGUCACGUGGGCCGCGUCAUCGCCACCACGUUCGAGGAGGUCGACACCCUGCGGGAACGGUACAAGGAGAUCGACGAGAGCAUCCACUUCCUCGAGGAGCACCACGCGGAGGUCUACCACGGCGUCGACUGCACGCGCAUCGCUAUCGACCCCCGCUUCGAGGGCAUGGAGGGCUCCCUCGGCGCCGUUUACUACAACUACCCGCACUCGGGAGCGAUCCAGGGCUUCUUCGACAGCCACCCCAUGGUCAACUGGCGGCACGAGAACCUCAUGCGCCUCUUCUUCCGGGCGCUCCGGUCCUUUGUGAAGCCGGGCGGGUCUGUGAAGGUCGCCUCCAAUGCCAGGGCCGUCGGCGUGCGGUAUUCCUACAUUAUCGGCGGUGCGCUGGAGAAUGAGUUCCUACACGUCGAGACCAUGCCAUUCUUGGAGUGGCAUCUUCAUAGGUACGGCCGAUCCUACGGGGACCGUCGAGACGUGUACAAGCGUCCAGACGCGAAAAAUAACCAAAGCUAUAACGCACAGAACGCCGACACCGACAUGGUUUAUUGUUUCGUGUAUUCGCCCUCCGGCAACGCACUCGGAAAGCAGCAGGUCCGGUUGCCGCCGACGCUCAAGACGCUUAGCCAGUGCGUCGAUGGCCCGUUCUGGGGACGGAGCCCAGCCGACAAGGUCAGGCUUGCCACACAGCUGCACGAGCGUUUUAUGAAGGAAGUUUCUGGAACUCACGUGGGAUGA